UCGCGGCAAUGGGUUUUGUUUAAUCGGUUUUCGCUACUUCAACUGAAAUGAUCGUUUUUGUUUGCAGCAGAAAUGUAUUUCGAGUGGUUGAAUGUUUAGAUUGAUUCUUGUUAGCCUCGACCGAAUCAUCGUUUUGUUUUGUACUGUUUGCCGCAGAAAUGCAUGCUCGUGCUCUGUCUAGGCCACGAACCAGAAGUGAAUGGGCGGAGUUUUACCUGAAUUGGUACUACGAGGUAAAAGGGAAGAGACCAAGAGGUGUUAAUGGCGGAAGAGGUGUGAGUGCGACCGAGUCUGCUGUCGGAGAUGAUACGGUGGAUUCGGAAAAGGCGAAAUGUGACGGCGAGGAGACGGUCGAAGAAAAUAGCUCUUCCGACGAGGAUUACGAAGGAUCUGACAAUGAGCUAUUUACUUCUGGUGAUGAUUCUGAAGAUUCUUACAGUGGAAAUUAUAGUUCUGUGAAGAUGGUAAAAUCGAAUUUCAUGGUAAAGAAUGAGAAGAAACAAAAGAAUCAUAUCGAUGGCGAUGAAAAUGGUGAAUCUCCUGGUGUAUUCCCGAGUACAAGAAUUAGUGGUCGUAAGGAAACAAGAGGUUAUACGAACGAGGACAUUGUAAUUAUUAGUGAAGAUGAUGAGAUUGUGGAUGCCAAACAUGAAGGAAAGGAUAAGAAGAAAAGGGGUGCAUUGGCUGAAUCAAAUCAUGAGUCUGCUGAUAAGGCAAGCAAAUCUGAAGGUAGCACCGACCUCCCUAGGAUAAGGAAGAAGGCCGAUGAUAAUGGAAAUGGAAGUGGUCUAAAGAAAAGAAGAACAUGUUCUGGAUUAGGGAAUGGUGAUGGGAGUCAUGAUAAAGGGGAAAUACGCAGGGAGAAUCCAUCUCAUUCUUGCAAAGAUCAUAAGUAUCAAAGGAAUGAACGUGAUCUUGAAGAUAUUGAUUUCCCCGUCUCAGAAAAAGGUUGCUUUGAUCCUUUGGGAGAUAUUAAUGACAUUGGUACUCUCUGGAAGAAAUACUUGAUGAAAAAGAUGAAGCUGUCGAAGAACAAGAUGUGGCAAGGGCAAAAUUAUGAUACAAAAUUGAAAUUUUUUCUGUUAAAGUCUCUGAAGAAUCCUAUCCUAGAUCAUGGAGGACUUCCAUUGAAAUUUAGAUUUGAGGAGGAGGUGCAGCCACCCCCUGCCAAAUCAGAACGGGAGAUGGAGAUUGAUUCAAUCUUCUGUGAUUUUGAAUUGGAUCUUCGUGCAUCUGAGAUAGACAUUACUGCUAGUUCUUCCGUGAAAAAGGAAGAUUCGGAAUCCUCAGGUUCUGACCACAGUCCUGCAGUUUUUUGUCGCCAGGGGAAGCAUUCGCUUAUUCUUGAUGAGCAAAUUGGAUACAUCUGUGAACAUUGUAGUGAGGUUAUACUGAGAAUCAAGCACGUUUUACCUGAUUUUCAUAUACUGCAUCCGAGGAGACGAAACAGAGCAAUUGUUGAUAAAAACACAUGCUCCAUCUUCAGUCAAUCUUGGUAUCAGGAUGAUGCCGGUGGAAGUCCUGAUUGCAUUAAUCAUGUCGAAGGCACUGUUUGGGAUUUGAUUGCUGGUGUCGAAAAGGAUAUGUACCCGCACCAAAGAAAAGCCUUUGAAUUUAUGUGGAACAACCUAGCAGGUGAUAUCUGGAUUGAUAAGCUGAAGCAACAGCCUCUUUCUAGUGAAGGGAGAGGAUGCAUAAUUUCACAUGCCCCGGGUACUGGCAAGACUCGACUGACUAUAAUGUUUCUCCUGUCAUUCUUGAAGUUGUAUCCUACCUGCCGCCCUGUGAUCAUAGCUCCUAGAGGCAUGCUUCUAACUUGGGAAGCCGAAUUUGAUAAAUGGCAAGUGAAGGUACCAUUUCGAAAUCUAAAUGCAAAGGAACUAUCUGGUGAUGAAAAUGCACUAGCAGUGAACAUUAUGGGGGAAAAUGGAGGCAGAGUGAUGAGCAGGGACAAUAUUCGGCUGUUGAAAUUGUACUUGUGGAAGAGGGGUGGAAGCAUUUUGGGAAUGAGUUACCAACUGUUUGAGAAGCUUGGCGGAGAAAACAGAAAAGGAUCUAUUGAAUGUAUCAGAGAAUCACUACUGUACUCUCCAGAUCUCUUAGUGCUUGAUGAAGGCCACACCCCUCGCAGCAAAGUAAGUCGAGUAUGGAAUGCUCUGAUGAAAGUUGCAACUCAUAGGCGCAUUAUCUUGUCCGGUACACCUUUCCAGAACAAUCUAAUGGAGCUGUACAACACACUGUGCCUUGUUAACCCCAAAUCGGUCAAUCAAAUAGGACCCUGGCAUGAUUUGAGCUGUUGGCCAAGAAGAGAUGAGGCUAGAAAAGGAUGGACUAGUUCUAUUGGAAGAGAUGACAAUGACAGGCUGAUGAAGCUUAAAGAAAUGCUUGUUCCUUUUAUAGAUGUCUAUAAAGGAAACAUACUAGAGGAAAGACUUCCUGGACUGAGUGAGUGUCUGGUGAUCUUGCAUCCGACAGAAAAGCAAAAGAUCCUACUGGAAAUUGCUAGCCAAGAACAGCUAUUUAUACGGGUUCAGUCUGUGUCCCUGGUAUCCGUACACCCUUCACUGGUAAUGAAAAUGAGUAGGUUCUCCAUGUAUAAGAGUGAGUUAGAAAGCAUUGAAAACAAUGUCAAUGCUGGAGUCAAGGCAAACUUUGUUGUGCAAUUGAUACGGCUAGCUGAUGCACUUAAGGAGAGAGUUCUGGUAUUCAGUCUGUUUAUUGAUCCUCUCAUAUACCUCAAAAAGCAGAUCAUAUCUUGUUUUUCUUGGAUUGAAGGAAGAGAGGUGCUGUACAUGGAUGGCCAACUUGAUGAAAAGCAGCGGCAAGAAUCCAUACUGUCUUUUAACAGUGAAAAGAGUGAGGCGAAGGUGCUUUUUGCCUCAGAAAGAGCAUGUUCUGAGGGGAUAAGUUUAGUUGGGGCUUCAAGACUUGUACUGCUUGAUACUGUCUGGAACCCUUCAGUUGAAAAGCAAGCCAUAAGCCGGGCAUACAGGCUUGGCCAAAAGAAGGUGGUGUAUGUAUAUCGCCUGUUUACAUUUGGAACGGAGGUCAGGCAAUAUGCUCAGCAAAUCAAAAAACAGCGCAUCUCGCAGCUAAUAGUUUCUCCCAUAGAUGGAGAAACAUGUCAGCACAAGAGGUCCACGGUAGUUCCUGAAGACAAAGUUUUGGAUGCAAUGCGUUGCACUGAAACGCUGGGUCAGAUUAUCGCCAAGGUAAUUCAUCACCCAAAGGAAUCUGAUCUGAUCGAAAUAUUUGACUUGAUGGAUCAGAAACAAACAUCUUAG